AUGCAGUCAAACGACAGUGACGCAUCUUCAUCAUUAUCAUCAAGCAAUAUAAUUCAAUAUGGACCAAUUCAAGUUCGCCUUUGUAGGAGACCAGCUCCAACAAUAGCAACCGGACGAAGAUCAAAACAUCUUGUUUUAAUUGGCGCAGAAGCUGCCAAGCGUGAAAAAAGACGUGAAAAAAAUCGAGAAGCAGCACGAAAACUGAAAGAGAAACGACAAUGCAUCGAAUAUGGACUUAGUCAAAAACUUCAAGAACUUCAAGGUGAACAUAUAAAUUUACAAAAUUAUCUUCAGCAACUUCAACAAAGAAAAACGAACUUGCAAGAAAAAGUAAAUCAUUUUGGUAUCGAUCCACUUAUUGAUUUAUUAUCAAAAGAAAAUCAAGAUUUCACUUUACUUUUUGAAGAAUGCAUAGAUGAUUUGGAUCUUUUGGAUGAAUCAGUAGAAAAUACUUUUGACUUUGCUUUUGAUUUUGAGACACAUUCUAAGUCUAUGAAAAAUGAUUGA